UAAAAAUAGAAAAGCAAGCUUUGUUCCAGCAAUAUUACCAUCGUAUAUAAAUAGAUUUUCCCAAUGUCAAGCUAAAAGACUGAAGCUCAUACGGUGGAAUUAUCAUAAAAGUUUCUCUAGACAAGAAGUAAUUUGCCGGCAACAAUGAAAGUUCAGUUAGAGGUAUUACUUUCUCAGCUCGGGAACCCAGGGCGUUACCAGGUCUUCAUAUUUCUGCUCCUGUGCCUGAACUACUUUCCAUUAGUGUUUAACCAUGUCAUCAUGGCCUUUUUCGGAUCCAGACCAAAACAUCAGUGUUACUCAAGUGCUUAUUUGCCUGGUACCGUGCAGGAUAGUGUAACAGACUUCAGCAUGAUACAGAUGAAUUACACUUCACUCGGAAACAAUGCUACAGUUACUGGUCAGUUUGAGAGCUGCAGUGCAAGGUACUAUGAUGCAGGGAACCAGAGUAUGUCCAUAGUUUGUCCAGACAGUGAAGAAAGCUUCUUGAUAUAUCAGAAAAGUGAAAGAGAGUCCACAAUAGUAACUGAGUGGGACUUGGUUUGUAGUCAGGCAUACCUUUCAUCUCUUGCAACAACCAUAUACUUCUGUGGUGUGAUGGUGGGUGGGGUAGUGUUUGGACAUCUAGCUGACAAGUUUGGUAGGAAGCCAGUUAUGUUGAUAUCUCUGUUCAUGCCGAUCGUUGUGGGAAUUGCUACAUCAUUUGCACCAUGGUAUUCAGUUUUUGUGACCUUGAGAUUUAUUCAAGGGGUUCUUAUGCAGGGUUUACAGACCUCUACAUACACACUGGCAAUGGAAUUGUUCUUGCCGCAGCAUCGCAGUUAUGCUGGUGCAAUUCUUGAGUGUUUCUGGGGACUUACUGUGAUGACAGUUCCCUUAUUGGCAUACUUGAUUCCAAACUGGCGCCAUCUACAGCUAGUCGUCUCACUUCCAAGUUUACUGGCUGUGUUUUAUAUCUGUUUUAUGCCAGAGUCCUUGCGGUGGUUGAUUCUGAAGAACAGAGUAGAGAAGGCUGAGGCCCAGAUCAGUAAAAUAACAGCCUGGAACAAGCAAGCGUUCCCUCAUCAUGCCUGGGAGGAUGUUAAAUUACAACUGGGAACCAUGGCACAGGACACAAAGCAGUAUUCAAUGCUUGACCUGCUGAAAACACCAAAUUUGAGAAAGAGAAGCCUGGUGCUGUUCUAUCUAUGGUUUGCUAUUUCUAUUGGUUACUAUGGUUUGACAUGGCGACUGACCAGUCUCCCUGGAAACAAGUAUUUGAACUUCUUCAUUGCUGGAUGUGUGGAGUUUGUGGCUUAUACUUUAGUCAUCUAUAUAACCAAAAGGUUUGGGCGUAAGAAGCCCCUGCUGACCUAUUUUAUGCUUGCCUCCCUGUUCAUGAUCGGGGCAGGUGUUGUGCCCCUUGCACUGAAGAACGUCAGCGUGUAUGUAACAAGCGGGCUGGCUAUUGCCGGAAAAUUUGCCAUGGGUGGUCUCUUCAGUGUGAUCUUCCUGUACACAUCAGAGCUCUACCCUACCAUUGUAAGAAAUAUUGGCAUGGGAAGUUGUGCUUUCUGGACAAGAGUUGGAGGAGUUAUAGCACCUCAGAUUAUUGUUCUGGAUCACUUCAGCAACAAGUCUAUGCCUCUCAUCCUGUUUGGACUGGUUACUCUAAUUGGUGGAUUCCUCACAAUCUUGCUCCCAGAGACGCUUGGUCGCAAGCUUCCAGACAACAUUGAUGAUGUAGAGCAGUCUGGUUCCCAUGACAACAUAGUGAAUGGAGAGGAGAUGAAAUCUCUGAAUUCCAAUCCAGAUCAUGAUGCCAAACAAGAAAAUGUGUAAACUUAAAAAAAUGACAUUGAAUAAUUAAAUUCAGUCUUAGACAGAUUUCAUUUAAAGUAUCCAUUGAUUAUUUCUAUAAGCAGUAUGUUUUAUGUGAAAAGAUAUUUAGCAUAGGUCUGGUACAAAUUUUAUGCCUACUCACAGGAAAUUAUGUACUUGUAUAAUCCAGGAGAUAAGUGUUAUGCUGCUUGUAGAAAUACUCAGUGAAGAUGAAGUUUGUUUCUCAUAUCAAAAGCUGUACAGAUGAUGUAUAGUGCAUGUUAACAUCCUAGCUGAAUGUUACAUAGUUUGCAUACCACUAGCAAAAAUUUGAAAUCCAGGAACUCAUGAAAUAGCCAUUAUGACCAAAGUCUCACAAUUUUAUGUCCAAGACCUGUCUUGCAAAUCAGAAUUUGCUGUAAAAAGAGAAACUAAAACAUGAUGUUCUUAAAUGUGUAGAUUUUGAAUUGUCUUUUACAUUUAUGUUACAUUCAGUUUCUUACAUAACACUUAAACUAGUACAAAGUGAUAUAUACAAAAAUGUACUAGGCAUCAUCUGAACAGCAAAGUAUCGUAUGCGCUGUUUUGGGGACAUUGUUUCAGCAUGACAUAUUUAAUGCAUGAAAUAUUUCAUGAUGGAACAUUGUCUUUUAAAAAACAAAAGAAACACAAAAUUAAAAGAAAUUCUUAAAAACAAAAAAUCUUCAAAAUGAAGAUAAGAACAGUUAGGUGUUGGUAGAAGUUACAUUUUGUUGCCAUGUUGCAGAUGGCAUUACUGACUGGGUUUUGCAGUAUUCAACAUGACUUCACAAUGUAUCAUUAGGCUAUAUAGUGUGGCAUAGAGGCAGCAAGAGUUAUUCCUUUAUUUGCAUAUAAUCAUGAUUUAAGCCACAAACUAAGGAACUUUGUUAAAAAUUUAAGAUACAAUCAAUGUUAAAUUACUCUAGGUAGUAUAGAUGGAGGUACAGUAAAUUCUCCUUUUCAAUUAAAGAACUACUCAUUUGCUGAUUUUUAGUAGAAAUAGAAUUUUAAAUUUGAUGUUUUUAUAUAAGAAUUAUUUAAAGCAUUUUUUCUGGCUUAUCGUGUCAGUUUUUGAAUGUAAAAAAGGAAAGAAUAUAAAUUAUUUUUAAUUCCAAUUGUAAGCAAAACUUGUUGAGAAAAAAUGAAUUUUAAAGCAAAUUACUACAAAAACGAUAGGUCUAUAACUUCAUAUGGGAGUUGCUGAACACUAGGACUAGGGCAGCUGUAGGAGAAAUUCUGCGGCCAUGUAAAAGUUAAGAAAAAUAUGUCAAGUUUGUCAUUUACAAGAACUGCUUCUUUUAAACUGAAUAGUACUGUGAAAAUCUUUUUUCAGUAUAUUUUAUCUUUAAAGACAAUUUAAAUUUGUUUUUAACAUCAUCAUAUUAGUGCUGGUAUAGGUAUGUGUUAGACAUACAUAGAAAUUUAGAACUUUUUUUAAGUUCAGAACUUGUUUACUUUCUUAUUCUGUUUGAAAAAUUAUUACAAAAUAAAAGUCAUAGUUUUAGUUGGAAAGAAGCUUAAUUCUUUCAUGUCUAACUUUUGUUAAUGACAAACUUGAUGUAAACAGUGCCAACAUCUGAUUGUAUAAAGAAACCAAAACAGUGUAGAUACAUAAUGUAAAUAGUUCCUCCUGUUAAUUUUAUUUUCUUCUGUAGUAUUUGUAGUACUUUCUUAAUGAUAUUGUAUGUUUUAAAGUGUAUACUAUUUCUUUAAUUGACCUCUGUGAGCUGUACAGUGUUUGAAUCUCUUUUUAUAGGGAAUAUGUUUGUAUAAGAUUGUAAAUACUACUUUUUGUACUAAAAGAUCAAAACCAACACAAUAUUAACAAUAAUUCUGAUUAUACUAUAGUUGAUUUCUUUUAUGAAUAAUAUUUUGGAAUUUUAAACAAAAUAAAAAUUUAAAAUUGAUUUUCCUUUAUGACUGGUAUUAAAUGUUAGUUUUAUUAGCUCAUCUGAUUUUUUGAAAAAAAAUGAUGAGUUAUUGUCAUCACUUGAGCGGUUGUCGGCGUCGGCGUCUGCGUCGGCGUUGCCUGGUUAAGUUUUAUGUUUAGGUCAGCUUUUCUCCUAAACUAUCAAAGCUAUUGCUUUGAAACUUGGAAUACUUGUUCACCAUCAUAAGCUGACCCUGUAUAGCAAGAAACAUAACUCCAUCUUGCUUUUUGCAAGAUUUAUGGCCCCUUUUGUACUUAGAAAAUAUCAGAUUUCUUGGUUAAGUUUUAUGUUUAGGUCAACUUUUCUCCUAAACUAUCAAAGCUAUUGCUUUGAAACUUGGAAUACUUGUUCACCAUCAUAAGCUGACCCUGUACAUCAAGAAACAUAACUCCAUCUUGCUUUUUGCAAGAUUUAUUGCCCCUUUUGGACUUAGAAAAUCAGUUUUCUUGGUUAAGUUUUAUGUUUAGGUCAGCUUUAAUCCUAAACUAUCAAAGCUAUUGCUUUAAAACUUGCAACACUUGUUCACCAUCAUAAGUUGACCCUGUACAGCAAGAAACAUAACUCCGUCCUGCUUUUUGCAAGAUUUAUGGCCCCUUUUGGACUUAGAAAAUAUCAGAUUUCUUGGUUAAGUUUUAUGUUUAGGUCAACUUUUUCUCUUAAACUAUCAAAGCUAUUGCUUUGAAACUUGCAACACUUGUUCCCCAUCAUAAGCUGACCCUGUACAGCAAGCAACAUAACUCCAUCCUGCUUUUUGCAAUAAUUAUUGCCCCUUUUGGACUUAGAAAAUCAUUUUCUUGGUUGAGUAUUAUGUUUAAGUCAACUUUUCUCAUAAACUAUCAAAGCUAUUGCUUUAAAACUUGCAACAGUUUUUCACCAUCAUAAGUGGACACUGUACAUCAAGAAACAUAACUCUAUCCUGCUUUUUGCAAGAAUGAUGGCCCUUUUUAGACUUAGAAAAUCAUGGGUAGGACAAUAUUUCUAUUACACUAAAAAAAAUCAGAUGAGCGUCAGCACCCGCAAGGCGGUGCUCUUGUUGAUUUUUGCACGAUAAUUGAAACUACCUUUACAUUUCAUUACUAAAUAAUGUAUCUGUUACAAGUGUUUAGUAUACACAAAAGUCAUAUAGGACUUACAAUUUUACAAUACAUUUUACAUGAAAACAUAGACAAUGAAUAUAUAUAUCGAAAUAUUUUAAUAUGUGAAAGUGAAGAUCAUGAAUAUAUACAACCUUUUGGAGAUAUUUUUACAUGAAAGUGAAGAUCAUGAAUUUAUACAACUUUUUACAAAUAUUUUUACAUGACAGCGAAAAUCAUGAUUAAAAAGUUUUCCAAGAUAUUUUUAUGUGAGAGUGAAGAACAUGAAUUUAUAUACCGGUAAGAAUUUUCAGAAUAGUUUCUCAUAAAAAUGAAGACCAGUAUAAACAUAUAAUACCUUAUUGUAUAUAUAGGUCUGUCUUUUGCUUUAUUUUAUAAGUUGUUGUAUUAUUAUACAUUUACGCAUGCAAGAGGUAAUGACUUCUACAUUUGAUAACUCGUCGUUAAAGCUGGCCUAACUCUUACUACUACUAGGUAUGAUUAUUUUCUGCUGUUUUACUUUGUAAAACUUUAACAUACUGAGUGUUGAAGCAUUUGUCAUGCAAACAAUGUCUUCUUCAUUUUGUCUGAAGUAAAUAUGUACAUGUACUUCUGUGAAAAAUUACUUAUAAAUAUUAAGCAUAUUAUAUAAAUGCAUAAUACAUAGCAAUUACCUCAGAUCUUGCUGGGGAUGCAAAUUUUGAAGGUAUGUGAUAAAGCAUUCCAGAAUUUAGAGCCCUAUUUGAAAAACGGGAACAUUACUCCUGCAUUGAAGAUAUUUCAGUUACAUUGUGAUAAGUUGUAACACCAUGACAAAAUUAUCUAUGUCAUACAUUUAGCUCAGACUCAGCUAUUUGAAAUAUAACUAGAGCUACUCUACUAACAACUGCAUUUACUGACGUAAUUUAUUGGACUAAAACUUCACUUUUCCCUACUUAGAAAAUUUGGUGAAUGUUUUGCAUGCAACAGUGGAGCUGUAUCACAGUUACAGUAUAUUUGGAUUACACAUAUUUUAUUUAAAUUUAGCGAAAUGGUUUACAGAAUACAUAUACAAUCAACAAAAUUCUCAAAAACGCUUAGGAUAGGAUCGAAAGCCUAAGGCUUAUAUAGAUCUUUUCCUGUAAGUUACAGUAUAUUUGAUUAAAUCAUCUUACUCAUCAAACAUCCUUACAUACCCAAGUUAGAAAAUUAAUUCAAAUUAUUGCCCUUGUUUGACUUCAGAAUUCAGUUGCCAUAAAAAAAUUUAAAUUCGUAAUAUAUUGUAACACAGUUAUGUAAGUCUUAUCAAGUUGUGGUCCUUGUUUGACAUAGAAGCUGUAGGAUGGUCAAGCGUUGUGUCUUAUGAACAGCAUUUGUGGCAGCUAGUAGGGCUUAUGAGAUUUCAAUAUGUUAACACAUACAUUUAUAAAACUGCAUCAUUUUACUACAGUAUGCAGUAAAUUUUUAACAAAUGAGAGGAUGGUCAUAGUUUGAAACUUAAGAAAAAAUAUGAUGAAUGGUCACCUUGGCACAAAACUGCUGUAUCUGCUCCUUAAUUUAUAUACAGUUACAUUGUUAUUAUAGUUCCACACUGAGACAGUGAGCGCGACUGCUACUCGCGUUUUAAAUAUUAACACUGAAUUUGACUGAACCCACACUUUAUAAUUUUCCUCAGCCUUAACAGUAAACUGAGAUAAUGUAAGUUUAUAACCACAGGUUCUGGACGUAAAAUUAAUUUUCAGUGCUAGAUGGCAGUCAUCGAAGGUCAGAUUAAUAAUUGACUUAUAAGCCCAUGGGUUUGGUGUUUCUUGUUUGAAUUUGAAUUAAUUUGAUGUUGAUAUUGUAAAUCACAUGUCACUGUAAUAAAAAAGAUACUUUACUUACUUACCGUAUUAGUUUAAUGACAGAUAUUGGUAUUUUGCUGUCAGGAUGAAAAGUAAUUGUUCUUUGCAGAUAAAGCCACACAUACUGAUAGCCACACAUAGUAAUAAAAACGUUUUGCCUAAAUGUCAUGUUGUUACUAUUUUGCAGCCUGACUGGAAAAAAAGACGUUGUUGUUGUUGUUGUUGUAUGGAAUGUUGAAAAAUAUGAAACCCACAAUGUUGUUUUAUUUGGUUGUUUUUGUAUUAGCAAGACAUUUUUACAACAAAAUAUUUUAUGUGCACUUGAUGUCUUUAGGGACCCAUGUGGCUCUGGGACGAUCUAUGGUUUUGCUGUAAUUCUGUGAUUCCAGCAGGUAUGCAGAUUUUGAUUCCAUACCUCAUGUUUUUAUUUCGAUGUAAAUGAGAUGUGAAACCAAAACUUGUAGUCCUGUUUGGCGCCAUAUAACCUAUACUGUGUUGGUGCGCCGUAAAACCCAAAUAAAUAAAUAAAUGAUUUCUUUAGGAGUAUUUUGUCUCCAGAAUUGCAAGGGAUUUAUAUACAUGUAUUAUAUUUUAUUUAGCAUAAUAUUAUAACAUUACUUACAGACUACGUUUUUAUCUAAAUAUAGCUAACAUUUCUGUGUUAUUUGACAAUUUAAGUGAAAGGAUUCUGAUGUUAAACUGUAUUUUCCAUCUUGUGUGUGAAGUAAAAUAGUAAAAAGUA